AUGGACUUCCCUCGGUUCCAGGAGCUGCCUGCUGAGAUCAAACGCAAGAUUUGGAUCGAAGCCCUCCCUGCGCCACGGAUCUACGAGCCAAACAACCACGCAACCUGGAUAAGUGUUAACCAUCCGACUCGAUUCUACCGCGAGUACUAUCCUCCCCGGGUCAGAGAGACCUGCAAGGACGCCUAUGAUGCCUGUAUGUCGGUUGGUCGUUUCACCUUCGGCUACUUUGACAACUCCAACAUCCGAGGCCUCUGGUACAACGAAACGCAGGACGCAGUCUACUAUGCGACCUGCGACCAGUGGUACAAUACACCCUUGAAGGGCUUGAGAAAGAUCUACAUCUCUAUUGAAGUCGCACUUUUAAUUUUCCUUGAGGAGGGUUUCAGGACCCAAACCCUCGGUGCUUGCCGCCACCUUGUCGUAGCGCUUUACUUAGACAAGCGGCGUGAAGUAGGAGAUGUCAGAACUGAAGGUUUUGCGACGACGGUUCCAGUCUUCAGAGAUAUGAGAGACGACGAUAUCAUGGUUGAAAAAUCGGCGGUAAUGCACUAUUUCAUAGGGCCGUUUCCGGGGCUGUUUGAGAAGUUUCUGACAUGGGGCCAUGUCAAGGGCAUGUUGUUGCAGAAGAGAGAGGAGAUCAUCCUCGAAAACUCAAACGAGCCUUGGAAUGCGUGGAUGAAUAAGGGGCCCUUGCUCCUCGAGGCUGUAGAGGUCUUCAGGAAGCCGGAUGUUGGGAUGGACCCUGAAAGACUGUCUUAG